GUGGGGGAAGGGGAAAAAAAUUAAACUUUCAGCUAUGGUUGUGACAGAAUGUGUGGAUGUAAGUGACCCAGAGAUGGACUUGUUGGAGACUGGACUGAGGGGCGAGCCUGGAUGGUGCAAAACCCCCAAUGGACACAUUAAGAGACCCAUGAAUGCCUUUAUGGUCUGGUCCCAGAUCGAGAGGAGGAAGAUCAUGGAGCAAAACCCAGACUUGCACAAUGCCGAGAUCUCCAAGCGUCUGGGAAGGAGAUGGAAAGCCUUGCUGGACCAUGAGAAAGUCCCCUUCAUCAAAGAGGCUGAGAGGUUGAGACUCAAGCACAUGACUGACUACCCGGACUACAAGUAUCGCCCAAGGAAAAAGGGCAAGAGCCAGACCACCUCCAAGAUGUUGGGCAAGAAAGUGGGCAAGGGACCCGGGGGCAAAGCCUUGGCCAGGGGGCGAGGAGGUGUCCCUCUGCUGGCCAAGAAGGGCAAAAGGGGUUUGAGGUCCAAGCGAGGGGUCGCCUCCUUCAAACUGGCGGAGUCGGGAGAUGUUGGAGAAGAUGGCGAGGAGUUGGAAUUGGAACAGGUGGAAGGAACUGUCAUUGAGCCGGGAGAGGCCAGCCCUGCCCUGGGCAACAUUGCCACCACCUUGUGCCAGGACCCCGACCCCAGCAGAGGGGGGGACUAUGAGACCUCCAGCCUUGACCUUGGCUUUCCUCAAAGCUCCAACCCAACUGAGGAUGGGUGGCCCCUCAACGAUGGGAGGACUUCAGAGGUGGGUUCCAGCUCACCAAGCUCCACCACCACAUCCUUAGCUUCAUCACUGGCCUCUUCCUCGCCCUCCUCAUCCUCACCAUCACCAUCAUCCUCGUCAUCCUCAGAUGAAGAAUUGGAGGAGACAAUAUUGGGCAUCAUCUCUAGCUCUGACUUUCAGACCCCUGGGCAGGAGAGCUUUGGGGGUUGCUCCCCACCAGACAGGGACCCAGAGUCAUUCCAGACCAACUCAGCUUCACAUUUUGAGUUUCCGGAUUAUUGCACACCAGAGGUGAAUGAACUGAUAUCAGGAGAUUGGCUCGUGUCUGGUAUUUCUGACCUGGUGUUUACUUAUUAG